GCCCCGGAAGCAGUGGUGCGGCCGUGGCCAUGCAGGUCUCCAGCCUCAACGAGGUGAAGAUCUACAGCCUGAGUGCCGGCAGGAGCCUCCCGGAGUGGCUCUCGGAUAGGAAGAAAAGGGCUUUGCAGAAGAAAGAUGUGGAUAUCCGUAGGAGAAUUGAACUCAUUCAAGACUUUGAAAUGCCAACAGUUAGCACAAAGAUUAAGGUGUCAAGAGAUGGACAGUAUAUUAUGGCAGUCGGAACUUACAAGCCAAGGAUCCGCUGUUUUGAUACCUAUCAGUUAUCCCAGAAGUUUGAAAGAUGCUUAGAUUCUGAAGUGGUUACAUUUGAGAUUUUAUCAGAUGAUUACUCAAAGAUUGUCUUCUUGCAGUGUGGCAGGUUUGUGGAGUUCCAUUCACAGCAUGGCCAUUACUACAGGACAAGAAUACCAAAAUUUGGUAGAGAUUUCUCUUACCACUACCCAUCGUGUGACCUGUUUUUUGUAGGAGCAAGCUCCGAAGUGUACAGGCUAAACCUGGAGCAAGGACGCUUCCUCAACUCCCUGCAGACGGAGGCUGCAGAGAGCAAUGUCUGUGACAUAAACCCUGUACACUUCCUGUUUGCUCUGGGGACGGCUGAGGGUAAAGUGGAAUGCUGGGAUCCCAGAACAAGGACUCGAGUUGGGCUGCUGGACUGUGCGUUGAGCAGUGUGACAGCAGACACCGAGAUAGAAGGUUUGCCGUCCAUUUCAGCACUGAAAUUUGAUGGAGCUUUGAAUAUGGCUGUUGGAACAUCCACUGGGCAGGUUUUGCUGUACGAUCUCCGGUCUAGCAACCCACUGAUAGUCAAAGAUCACCGCUAUGGGCUGCCCAUCAGGUCGGUUCAGUUUCAGCCUCAGCUGGAUUUGAUUCUCUCUGCAGACUCUCGAAUCAUAAAGAUGUGGAACAAAGACACAGGGAAGAUCUUUACUUCGAUGGAGCCAGAGCAUGAUAUCAAUGAUGUCUGCCUGUACCCAAACUCAGGAAUGCUGAUGACUGCCAAUGAAGCCCCUAAAAUGAAUAUCUAUUAUAUACCAGUUUUAGGACCUGCCCCAAAGUGGUGUUCAUUCUUGGACAACUUGACUGAAGAACUGGAAGAGAAUCCGGAGAGCACAGUUUAUGAUGAUUACAAAUUUGUUACCAGAAAAGACCUCGAAAAUCUAGGCCUGGCUCAUCUCAUCGGUUCCUCUUUGCUCAGAGCAUACAUGCAUGGCUUUUUCAUGGACAUAAGGCUUUAUCAUAAGGCAAAAAUGAUGGCCAACCCCUUUGCCUAUGAAGAAUACAGAAGAGAGAAAAUCAGGCAGAAGAUUGAAGAAACACGUGCACAGAGAGUUCAGCUAAAGAAACUUCCAAAAGUCAAUAAAGAGCUUGCACUCAAACUGAUUGAAGAAGAGACUGAAGAGCAGCAGGCUACUAGAAAAAGGAAGCAGAAGAACCUGCCCAGUCUUCUCAAGGAUGAUCGUUUUAAGGUCAUGUUUGAGAACCCAGAUUUCCAGGUGGAUGAGCAGAGCGAAGAAUUUAGGCUACUUAACCCCCUGGUUUCUAAAAUCAGUGAGAAAAGAAAGAGGAAACUAAAGAUCCUAGAGGAACUGGAAGCACAAGAACAGGAAGAGGAGGAAGAAGCAGAAGGAAAAGCAAGUGAUGCAGAAAGUUCUGAGAGUUCAGAUGAUGAAAAAGGCUGGGUUGAAGAGGUCAGGAAACAGCGCAAGCUUCUGCGCCAAGAAGAAAAAGUAAAGCGGAAGGAAAAGUUCAAGGAGGAUCAGCAAACAGUACUGAAACCUCAGUUUUUUGAGAUUAAAGAAGGAGAAGAAUUUAGAAGCUUCAAAGACUCUGCCAAAAAACAGAAGUUAAUGAAGAAAACUCUUGGAGAUCGUUUAAAGCUUGAAGAAAAGCUUGGCACACUCAACGUGUCUGAUACCACAGUAGGCAGCAAACAAGCAACAUUCAAAUUAAAGAAGUCGGAGCAGCAGCGGAAACAACAGGAGGCUGAGAAGCAGCAUCGGCAGGAGAGGAAGAGUCUGCGGCGCUCCGCCAGCCAUCUCAGGAGCAAGCGUGGAAGGGGACGCCUCUUCCAUUGAUGGGUUCUUUUUGGUGGCUGGCUUUUGCCAGGAACUCUUCAUGUGGAAGCGAAUCUUCUUCAAAUUGGGACACAGUGCCAAUGUAUUUGUCUUUUCUGAUUCACUGAUGAACACAAACCAGACCCUACUGAGCUCGGUUCAAUAAUGAGAAGUUCAUGCCAGUAAAAGUAUUGACCAAAGGACACCGGGAAUGUGCUGUGUCAGAGUCCAGUGUGAGCUGCAUUUGUGCAGGAGUCACCAGCACCUGGUUAUUGUGUAAACCUCUGAAUUUUUAUGUAAGAAUUUAGCUUUUCCACAAACUGCCUGUCAUUUUUAUUGAACUUCAGAGCGGCGGAGUUUUCCUUUCUGAAGUCUUUAUUCGUGCGUGCUUAGCUCAGGGGUAAGUUACUUCCUCUAACACUUUAUCUGGACAAGAGCCCCAUGGAUUUUUCUCUUAUGGUUCUUGAAGGAUGACACACAAUAGUGCUUUAUAAAAACUGACUCUUUUUAUUUUCUUGGUUUGCCUUGGAAGCCAGGAGACGUUGGGAAUGCCUGAUUUAGAUUCCUCUAAGUCCCUCUAUAAGGCAGCUCUCUUGCCAUGGUGAUGUGCAAAGGGGAAUCUCAGGAGGAGAGUCUUGCCAAGUUAAAUUUUGAGCCUUGCCUUCGUUUGGAAUCCUUAGGAACGGGUUUAAUGUUUUGGUGAGGCAGCUAUGGUUUAACAUGUCUGUGUUCACAGAACAAGCACAUGAAGGCCGUGCCCGAGGCUGCCUCUUGUUGGUUUAGUUAGAUAAUGCAGGUUCUAGUUGAAGCUACUUCAGUGCAAACCUUGGUUUCUCAUAGGCUGCUGUUGUUGUUUGUCAUGUGCUCAUAUUUAUUUUCUUCUCCCUGAUUUAAUUUUACCUGCUUUAAUUCCUUCCUUCUGUUUUCAAUGAUAUUCUGCACUUGGAUUUUUCCUCUUUAAAAUGUAGUUUGUAGUCAUCACCUCUCUGUCCUUGCAUUCUGCUAAAGGAUGUCUCUCAACAGCUGUGUUUUACCUCUAGCUGCCUAAUUUCUGCGUUGUCCAUAAGCUUCUUAGGCUUGCAGUGUGACACAGAACUAUCCAUUGUUCCAGUGUCAAUCCCCCUUCUAGCCACUGAGAAAAUGUCAUGCAUUUGUGGUUGCUUCAGGGUACGUCCCUCUCUUUUGAGUUGUCUUUUGCUUACAUUCAAGCCUUUGAAAUCCAAGUGCAGUGAGAAGUAAAAGUUUGUACUAGACUAACAUCCUAGCCCUGGAACGCUGUGUUAUCUCUUAGUGGUCCUCUCCAAGCACUCCAGGUGUGUUCUCUUUAUGUACGUGGCCAAGCUGAACAUGGAAGGAUUUAUGGUGGAAGCUUGCCACUGUUCUGGCUGAUACAGGGAGAACUGAGAAUUAGGUGGACAGAACUGGCACCCUGAGAGCAGACAUUCAGAGGCGUUUGCUCCU